CAAAGCCGGUUUCACUCAGCGUCACACACCCUGGUCGUGAAGUAAGGAGAAGGAGGCCAGUAGAGGAGCAGGACUUGACAUCAUGAAGAUUGCUUCUUUCAAUGUACGGAGGUUUGGUGUGACCAAAGUGUCUGAUCCAGAUGUGCUGUCAACGCUGGUCAAGAUUGUGUCUCGAUACGACAUCGUAUUGAUCUUGGAGGUUGUGGACGUGAGCGGCUCCUCAGUCAACUUGCUGAUGACGGAGCUGAACAGAGUCAACACGACGCACCACUACUCCCUGAAGAUCAGCAUCCGUUUGGGGAGGAACAGAUACAAGGAACAAUUCUUAUUUCUCUACAGAGAUGAUCUGGUUGAUCUGAUUGACUGCUAUCAAUAUGAGGACGACCAGGUGGACGACUUGGACGCCUUCGCCAGAGAGCCUUAUAUUCUGCACUUCAAACUGCAUGACACAGUGCUGAAGGACAUCGUUCUGAUUCCGGUCCACACCAGACCGUCAGACUCAGAGAGAGAGUUGGACGAGCUCUAUGAGGUCUUCCUUGCUGUCAAGAACAGAUGGAAAACUGAAAAUGUAAUGAUUCUGGGGGACUUCAAUGCAGAUGGAGAUUAUGUCUCAAACAAGCAGAUGAGGAAGAUCCGCAUCCGAAGUGACCAGAACUUCCACUGGCUGAUUGGUGAUGAUGUGGACACAACCGCCAACACAGAGAAUGAUCACACCUACGACAGGAUUGUUGUGUAUGGACAAGCCAUGUUUGAAGCCAUUGUGCCAAACUCAGCCAAGCCUUUCAAUUACCACACACAAUUUGGGUUGACAGAGGAAAUGGCACUAAAAGUGAGUGAUCAUUACCCCGUCGAAGUAGAACUGAAGAGUGCUUCUCCCAAAUGGGGCGUUCAGAGAAGUCACAGCAUUGGAUAUGCUCAGUCCCCAGCUGCACUGAAGAGUGGACCUGUCAUGGUGAGUCACCAAGAGAGCUUGCAGACCGAUGUGUUGAACCUGAAGAAGGAAAACCUCCUCCUGGAAAGAGAAAAGCUUCAUCUGCAGAUCUCCAUACUCAAAGAAAAACUUGCUGUUCAUAAAUAGCUUUAAUGAUGUCCUGGUGUUACACUGCAGUUUUUGUUUUACUUGAUGAGUCUCUUGUCUUCCGCCCUUCCUGUUUUGGUUUAUUCUGGUAUAUUUUUAUAUAAUUUUAGGGUCUUUAUUCAGGGUUAUAUUGAUCAACAGAAGAACGUACAUGUAAAAAAGAAAGCUCUGUGUAAAGCUGUUAUCGACACAACAGGCGUGUGUAAAGUCCUAGAAAGAAUGCUGCUGGAUAGAGUGCAUGAGUUUUAUCAACUCCACAGAUAACCAGUUUGGUUUUAAAGCUAAACAUUUCGCUGACUUAUGUAUAUAUGCCUUAAAGGAAAUUGGAGGCCCAAACUCAUCGGUUCUUAUGUGUUUUAUUGAUGCUUGCAAAGCUUCUGACCGUGUUAAUCACACAAGGUUGUUUGUUAAAUUGAGUCAAAGAGGGGUGCCUAAAUACAACCCGUGACUUGUUAGCAUGCCCACCAGGCUAUGCAAGUGAAUUGGGGUAAUAGUGUUUCAGCCCCAUUUGGGGUUAGCAAUGGUGUCAGACAAGGGGUCAUUCUGUCUCCAGUUCUAUACAAUCUAUAUAUUGAUGAUUUGC